CGCUGCGUCACACCGGAAACCUCUGCUAUGACAACAGCACGCGUCGCUGUUGCAGGCUCUAGUUUGAAUGCAGCCGCGCAUUUCCUGAAACAAACUCUUGAGUCUGUAGUACAAACAUUACUGUAUAAUACUAUUUAAAUACAUUUACGUAAGAUUGGAAGUCUGGUGGUUGUUAUGGAACUGUGGAAAACGGAGAGGCUAAACGCGCCGUCGGACUUCAUGAAAGCUCUUGAUGGAGGACCUAUCAGUGAUGCUGCUCCUUUGAUGACGCCUGCUCAGUUUACUGGGCUUCCUCUGGCUGUUCCCACAGCCUCACAUAUAACAACUAUCCAAACCCCGCCGCCACCUGCAGCUCCACACAUCACACCCUGCAGACCUCCACCACCUUCUACAUUUGGUGGGUUGGCGUUGACCUGGAAGGAGACCACUGGAGUCGAAUCGAGGAGUACAGUCCAUCAAAAGCACCAGAGCGAGAACUUGUUACAACAGCUAUCUGUUCACAGGCUGAUUGAAGAUGAGAGGAGCAGUUCAAAGGCCCUGCUGCAAGAGAUGGAAAGCUUAAGAGAAGAGAAAGAAGCGAUGAAAGCAGAGAUGGAGCGUCUGAGAGGACGAGUGGAAUGCUUAAGAGAGCAGAUCAAAGACCAGCAGGGCCAAAUAAACAGGCAGUGUACAGAAUGUGAUGAGUUACAAAGUGAAUUGAAGAGUUGCAAGACUGAGCUCAAAAUAAGCCAAGAACAGUGUUCGACCCUGAAAAGCCAGUAUGAAUUAAAGCAUCAGUGUUUGGAGAGAGAGUUACAGGACUCAAAAGAAGAGAGAGAGAAGCUGCAACUCAAACUGGAGGAUCAGCAUGUGAUUGCUGAUGCUGUACAGGAAGUGACCUCACUGAGGGCCCAAGUACAAGAAGUGAUAUCAGAAAGAGAUGACCUAAGGAAUCAGCGGAAUGCUCUCAACAUCUCAUUGUUGGAACAGUCCGAGUGUGUGCAGAAACUGCGCCGAUACAUUGGCGGCAACAUCACAGAGAAAAAAGAGGAAGAAGACUUCAGACAACAGAUACAGCAUUUGGAGAAGGAAAAGGAAGCCCUGUCUCUAUCUGUUCAGCUGUUGAAUGUCAGAGUGAAUGCAGCCAAUGAUAUUCUUGCUAUUCAGGAGAAAGAGCUGGGUGAACAGGCGCAGUCUGAUCCACUGUAUUCUGGCUGUAAAGCCGGACAGAUGUUGAGUGUUUGGAGACAGAAGGUUUUCAUGCUGCUUGUUAAACUACAGACGAGGGAUUUGCAACUCCACUCUGAGAGAGCACAUUUACAGAAUAUGGUUUCUUCUCUACAGCAAGAAGUCGAGUGCUUGCAGUCUCAAAACAGUGUACUGCAGCAUCACCUAGAGGACAAAACCGCUCAGUUGGAGCUACAACAUGUACAUGCUCAGGGAUUACAGCAGCAGUUGGACAGUGCUUUAAAGGAGAAUGCCCAGCUGAAAGAGCAAAAUAAGAGCACAGAGAGAUCACUGGUUGACAUUAGUGAAACAGCACACAGGGUGAUGUCAGCCAUAAAUGUGAAGGCAGGUCACAUGGAAGCAGUUCAGUCUAGUGUAAGUCAGCUCAACCAGAGACUUGCCUUUGCUGCCAAACGACUGGACACAGUGCAUGGGCUGCUGUUAAGGAAAGAAGCUCUAUGGAAAACCAAACAAGCCACAAGGUUGCCAGAGCCAUCUGUGUCAGAAAGCUUAAUUAAGGGCCUCCAGGCUGAGGUAGCCCUGUUGAGCGCAGAAAGAGAUAACCUCACGCAAGAGCUCAAACGCACACCAGACCUUAUCCAAGCAUCCCUAUUUGAACUCCAGCAACAGCAUGAAAGAGAAGUGUGUCUCCUGAAGGAGGCCCUGUCAUGCAGUAAAGAGGAGUUGAUGACAUCAGAAUCUAGCCAGAUGAAGAUACAGCGACAGUGUGAGGAGCAAGAGGUGACCAUUGCGGAGCUCCACGAUGAGGCCCAGAGAUUGAAACAACAGUGUGAUUCAGUUCUGCAUAGGAUGUCAGACGUCGAGAGCGUGUGUACAGAGAAGCUCAGAGACAUGGAGGCUCAACUCAACACAGCAAGGAGAGAGCAUACUAAAGCAGUGGUGGCUUUGCGACAGGUACAGAGGCAGGUGGAGAGAGAGAGAGAGCAGAUGAAAGAGGCAGAGAGAGAGAGAACUGAACACACACACAAGCAGAUCACACAUCUGCAGAAACAGCUGAAACACAAGGACAAAGACCGCAACCUUCUCCUGGCUGUUGUUCAGGAACAAGGUUUAAUGAAUGAAUAUAAAAAACUCAGAAGAUCAGCCAUUCAAACAACUGAAGCCUUAAAACAAACAUCACCCUGAAAGCAGGAAUUCUCCAACACCUGAAAGUCUUCUGGGGACGCUGCAGGCUCUUACUGCGGCAGUGAUGGGCAGCUCAGAGGAAGAGGAUGAUGAGGAGGGUCAGGCCUCAAAUGUAACACAAACACCCGCUGGUCCUGAUACACAUAAAGAAUUAGGCUGAACAUGCCAGUUGGUUCUCUCUCACACACUCUCGCUGUCUGUCACAGCCCAUUCAUAGGGUUUGAUGUUUGUUUUAUAAUUUAAUAAAAAUAUUUUUGUAAAAAUGUAACUUUCAAUUCGUUUCAGACAGCUCUUCAGAUCUACAAACAUGUUUAUGGGCUUAUAUUAGGGCUCUCAAUGGAUAAAAAAAAUGUUUAAUCUAAUAAAUACUUAGUGAUGUUGGUAAAUGUAGAAAUUUGGGAUAGGGGCUUAUUGACCAUCCUCCUGGAGCAACUGGGCUUAUACUAAAGGCAUAAUCAGCAACUCAAUAUGGAAUUAUUUCAGUGUAUGUGCCCAAUCAAUCCUCGCUCCUAAGUUUCUUCCUGAAUAUCUUGUUUCACUCAUAUGACUAAAAUAAACUGGCUGUAAUGAAUAGUGUUUCCUGUAUAAGUUAACAAGAGUGUGUGGUUAAUCGUUUGGUUCUUCCUGUCAUAUUUUUCUGGAUCAGGUUUAUAAAGGAAUAGUUCACAGGAAAAUCAAAAUGAUCCCAUAACUGACUCACCCUCAUGUCACCCCAAGUACUUUGUAAUGUCAUUAAAGGCAGAGUAGGCAGGUUUAAGUCUAACAUAGUCUAAAACACUUUUUUCCAAAUUUGUUUAAACUGUCUUUAUAUUCCAAUACAUAAGUAAAAUGUAAGUACUCUAAAAAGAGAGUAUAAAAAUCGAGUGUCUGUAGACCUCUCACUCCACCCCCUCCCGACGCCGACUGCUUCGCUGGAAGAAGCAUUUACCUCAGACGAGCGGAGAGGAAGGAGCGGUGCAUGUAGUAAAAUCAUUUUAGAAUCACAUGUAAUAAUACACCUAACUUUAUCACUAUGAAUAAACAAAUAGGAUGGCUUUUAGUACUCACUAUCAAGCUAGCAUAUCGAUACUGGUAAAGUUUAAAAUAUAUCUUGUUUGAUUCGGUAACGAACAAGCUAGGUAUAUUUAUAAGACAAAGCUUAAAACAGAUUGCAUUGAUACUAGUUUUUUCAUUACCAUCAGUUACACUGUGAUGAAGGUGAAUUUCGUGGAAGAUUUAUAACAUAUACAGUGUUUUGCAUGUAAGAGUUUCCGUGAUGAAAGCAUUGUUGACUCUGAUGAGGACUACACUCCGGAGACAAUACCGCUACCGGAUCAUCACGCGAAAGACACGCGAUAUUUACUCUCGUUUGAUUUCUUCGUUUAUUCCUUUUUUUUGCCUUGUUUGCCUUCGCUGACUGCAUAUGCAGGUACUGUGAGUUCUGGAUGCUCUUUCUCUGCCGUACUUUUGCUCUUUCUAGAUUUUAUGCCUCGUGCAUUCUCAAAUCAAUCGGGUGUGCACAUGUGUGGACAGAUCCUGUAGCAGGGGUGGUGCCAUGGUCGCGAGAGAGAGUGAUAGUCGCGCAAGCCAAUCAUUUGUUUCGUCCCGAAUGAAAAUAAUUUGCUGUGUUUAAAAGAAACGUUAAAGGUCUACAGACACUCGAUUUUUAUACUCUCUUUUUCAGAGUACUUACAUUUUAAUUAUGCAUUUGGUAUAUAAAGACAGUUUAAACAAACUUGGAAAAAAGUUUUUUAGACAAUUCCUGCCUAUCCUGCCUUUAAAUGGUGGUCAAUGUUUUCAAGCCCAAAUAAGCACAUAGAUCCAAAUGACUUGGCGAAUUGGUGAAGCAAUACGUUUGUUAGAGAGAAAAAAAAUAUUUUGAGCUUAUUUAGUGAAGUAUGUUUCAUCACGUGACAUACAUGAACAAGAUGAAAUUUGACCUAUUGUUCCAACAUACUUUUCAUUUUCUUUAAGAGCUUCUCCAUAGUGUGUAUCCAUUAAAAUUUAAAAUCACCUUCAGAGAA